CAAUAAAAAGAAGGCUUAUUUUCUGUCGAAAACAAACAAAAAUAGAAGACUUUAUUUUCCUUUGAACCACACGUGCCUGUACAAACGAAGACCCAAUGGUAUACGCUGACCAGUGACCGCAGCUGCCCAGCGGCUUGAGACUUCUCAUUUGGAAGAAACGAAAUAGGAAAAAAGAAAAACAGUUAUUUCAUAUUUGCGUUCUUCAUUGUCAUCGUCGUCUUCGACUCUCUAUCUCAAAGCGCGAUCAUUUCCGGUGCAGUAGUCUCGCAGCCAACGCUGUCCGUUCUGCAGAUCUGAGAUCCCACUCUCACCUCAUCAGCGUCCAUCUUAGUGUUUUGUAUCUUGAUUUUGGACGCGAUCCACUGGAUCAGACAUGCCGGUGGCCGCUUCGGCUAUAUACUUCCUGAACCUCAGAGGGGAUGUUCUCAUCAACCGCCUCUACCGCGACGACGUCGGGGGAAAUAUGGUUGAUGCUUUCCGGGUGCAUAUAAUGCAAACGAAAGAACUUGGUACAUGUCCUGUGCGGCAGAUUGGUGGUUGCUCCUUCUUUUACAUGAGAAUCAGCAAUGUCUACAUUGUGAUCGUUGUCAGCAGCAAUGCUAAUGUAGCUUGUGCUUUCAAGUUUGUCGUUGAGGCUGUUUCACUUUUCAAAUCUUAUUUUGGUGGGGCUUUUGAUGAAGAUGCGAUCCGUAAUAAUUUUGUUCUUAUUUAUGAGUUAUUAGAUGAAAUUAUGGAUUUUGGUUACCCACAAAAUCUAUCUCCUGAGAUUUUAAAGCUUUACAUCACUCAGGAAGGAGUGCGUUCACCAUUCUCAUCCAAGCCUACAGAUAAACCUGUUCCCAAUGCAACCUUACAAGUUACGGGUGCUGUUGGUUGGCGAAGAGAAGGCCUAGUUUAUAAGAAGAAUGAGGUCUUUCUGGAUAUUGUGGAAAGUGUAAAUCUUCUUAUGUCUUCGAAAGGUAGUGUUCUGCGUUGUGAUGUAACGGGGAAGAUUCUUAUGAAGUGCUUCCUGUCUGGAAUGCCUGAUCUUAAGUUGGGUUUAAAUGAUAAAAUUGGCCUUGAGAAAGAGUCACAGCUUAAAUCCCGUCCUACCAAAAGUGGUAAAACAAUAGAGCUCGAUGAUGUUACUUUCCAUCAAUGUGUGAAUUUGACGAGGUUUAACUCAGAGAAGACUGUGAGUUUUGUGCCACCAGAUGGUGAAUUUGAAUUGAUGAAGUAUCGUAUUACUGAGGGUGUUAAUCUUCCAUUCCGAGUAUUGCCAACAAUUAAGGAACUUGGUAGAACACGCAUGGAAGUAAAUGUCAAGGUAAAGAGUGUCUUUGGCGCAAAAAUGUUUGCCCUUGGCGUGGUCAUCAAAAUUCCUGUACCAAAACAAACUGCAAAAACAAGUUUCCAAGUGACAUCAGGUCGAGCAAAGUACAAUGCAGCUAUUGAUUGCUUGGUUUGGAAAAUAAGAAAAUUUCCUGGUCAAACUGAGCCAACCAUGAGUGCAGAAGUUGAGUUGAUUUCAACAAUCGCAGAAAAGAAAUCUUGGACAAGGCCACCAAUCCAGAUGGAGUUCCAGGUUCCCAUGUUCACAGCAUCUGGUUUACGUGUUCGAUUCCUGAAGGUAUGGGAAAAGAGUGGCUACAACACUGUUGAGUGGGUCCGAUAUAUUACCAAGGCCGGUUCUUAUGAGAUUAGGUGCUAGAUGCUGGAAAAUGAUGUAAGGUUUUUGAUGACUUAAAAUGGUUGAGAUUGAAAUAUUGUCAGCCUGUUGUGAAGGAUUUGAUUGGUGGCUUUUUAAUAAUGUGUUUCUUUUAUGAAGUGUCUCAUUUUUUUCCUGUAACAUAUACUAUAUAGUAAGAAAAUGGCUUUGUUAGUAUGUGAAUUAAAUGGUAUUGUGACUA